AUGGCGCAGAAGUUGCCAGUCUCUAUAAACUGUGAUGCCAGGAUUAUGAAACAUGUUCUGAAGAUAUAUGCAGACACUGAAGUAGUAUCUGUGUUAAAGGCAAACAGGUAUCGUGAAGAACACAGUGUGUGUCCGGCCAAAAGCCACAUGGUGUCAUCCCCUUGGCUAACGGUAGCCUUUGAGAGUGAGGUCAUCAAUUCCCUGAAUGCAUGGAGUACAGCGACUGUUCAGCUUAGACUGUUAAAGAGUAUUUUUGAGCAAGCUUUUCCCUUUUUCUCCUCUUAUUUUAAAACAAUUGCUUCAGCAGACAUGGAUUUGAAUCAGCUGGAGGCUUUUCUUACUGCCCAGACCAAAAAACAAGGUGGCAUCACAUCCGAUCAAGCUGCAGUCAUUGCAAAAUUUUGGAAGAACCACCGAAUAAAGAUCCACGAGAGCCUGAUCAAUCAAAGCCGUUGGGAUAAUGUCUUGAAAAACAUGAACUGGCGGGUGGAUCUGAAGUCACAGUCAAGACACAUCGAUCAGAUAAACACUCCUGUUGCAAUAGUUGAAAUGGAACUGGGAAAAAAUGGGCAGGAAUCGGAGUUUCUCUGUCUGGAGUUUGAUGAGGCCAAGGUGAACCAGAUGCUGAAGAAACUCUCGGAAAUAGAGGAGAGUAUUACUUUGUUGACUCAGACCACUUAACCAAAUAAAGGCAUUGCAACUC